AUAGCUCGUGUCCCGUGCCUAGUCCGUAUGUCAGGCGGGCUCCCUCGGGACGAUGACCUGAAGCGAGCUGACCCCAUACACUUGCUGGAGUCUUGUUUCUCUGCCUGGGAUUAUUCCGUGGAUUACAAGUAUCUUUUCCCGAGGAGUAGGUGAAGGGAGGGCAUCAUGGGGAAGUUGCACUCUAAGCACGCAGGCAAUAGAAGAGAGAAUCCUGAAGGAGACAGUUUUGCUGUGAAUUCUUAUAUUAAUCGCAAGGGAUUUGAAGGCUGUGAGCACUUCGUGGGAUUGGAAAGCAAAGUAAAGGACAGACAUGAGGAGCUAAUAGCUGGAGCAGUUAAAGAUGGACAGGAUAAUCAAUUUGCUCUGGAGGUUAACCUUCCACCCAAGAAAUUAGAAGGAUCUGAACAGCAUGUAUAUUCAUCUCUACUUGAAGAUCCUGAAAAAACUCAAAAUAAAGAAGGGACUAGAGGAUUGGACAAGAAACAUAUUAAUAUUGAUGAUAUGUCUAGUUUGAUGCACACAAUUUAUGAAGUUGUAGAUCAGUCUGUCAACCACUCCUCUAACAGCAGUAAAACACUCCGGGUGAAACUAACUGUGAGCCCUGAACCUUUAACAAAGAAAAGGGAAAAUUCAAGUGCUACUCAAGACAGAGAAGCCAUCAGACCUGAACUCUUUGAAGAAAUAAAAGUUGCUGAGAAGCGUUUAUCUGCUCAUGUCAGGAUAAAUAUCAGUGAGCAACAAUCGUGCAAUGAAACCGGUGAUCAUUACUGUGUAGAUGAGAAUACAGAACGCAGAAACCAUUAUCUUGACUUAGCUGGAAUAGAAAAUUAUACGUCAAGAUUUGGUCCAGGGUUACCUGAUGACCACACUAAGCCAGAACAGCACAAGAGUACUCAUUCUCAGAGGAGGUCACAUUCACAAGAAUCAGAUACCCAUCCAGUGCAUCACAGGAGGUCACAGGUAUUUAGCGAUUAUUCAACUCCACUGAUAGAACCAAUGCCUCGACUACCUGAAAUGCAGCAAAGGAGCAGGAGCCAGGAUAAGCAAUUUAUGAAGACACCCAAAGGAUGUGUAAAACCUUCCACAGUACCCAAUGGUAUAAGUGGUGGAAAAUCAGGAAAAGUUAUGAACUACAGCAUGCCAGUGACUCCAUCUCACGCUGUUCAGAAUGGGCAGGAUAUUUAUCACCUCCAGCAACAGCAAUACAACCACAAGAGGUACAGACAGAAGAGCAAAGAUGUUCAUUCACCUCUGAAGACCUCUCAUUCCCAACCAGCUGUAGAGCAUGAAUUCAUCCGGGACUUUCCACCUGUUCUAACCAAUGAGGGCUAUGUUAUUCCUGUCAUACAAAGACAUGAGCAUCACCAUCACCAUGAGCACCACCACCACCAUCAUUACCACCACUAUCAUCAGUCAUAAAACAUAAACAUAUACAGAGAAAAGCACAGGAAUGAACUAUUUCUCUUUCAAUUGCAGUAUUCCAGUUUCUACCUAUGGCAAGAAAAUUAGCUACCUUUUAUCUCAGGUUUGUACAGCUCUGUGGGCUGUACUUCAUGUUUUUUACAGGUUCUUUGUAUGUAUACUCUUGAUUUAUAAUCAAAGCAAUUUAAAACCACUGCCAGUGUAAGCUACUAUAUUAUUUGGUAUAACCUAAGAUAUAUAUUUAUAUUUUUAGAAGAAACAUUUAUAACUAGGUAGGACAGUUUUAUAACGAGAUUAUCAUAUUUGUGAUCAUUUUCAUUAUCUUAAUAUUUGUAAAAUUUAGCAAACAAUUUGUGUAGUGUGCAUUUAGCAUAAAUUGCAUUACUUAUUAGUGUCCUCACAUGUAUUGAAAGCAUAUUAAACUGUCAGAAUUGUAACCGUUAUGGAUGAGUUCAGUUAGGCUUGCUAAAAUAAUCUAAAAUAGGACAGUUUGUGCUGAUGUGGCCACUUGUUGCUCCUGUCCAUAAAAUGGCUGCAGAUAGGACACUGGGGGAAAUUUAUCAAAACUGGUGUAAAGGAAAACUGGCUGCCUAGUUGCCCCUAGAAACCAAUCAUAUUCCGCCUUCCGUUUUCCAAAGGAGCUCUGAAAAUUGAAAGGUUGCAUCUGAUUGGUUGCCAGGGGCAACUAGGCAAGUUUUCCUUUACACCAGUGUUGAUAAAUCUCCCCUGCUGUA